AUGGGUAACCGAGCGGGCAGACCACGCAAGUACUCAACCGAGGAGGCUCGGCGCGAGGCAAUUAGACGGCGAGAUGAUUCUGAGCCGCUGCAAGACGAGUCAGUAUUGGAGUUCAUCCCAGUGAACUUCGAUGGAGCUACGCCACCACUGUUAGUGAGCGAUCCUCCUGCAGAGCUGUUCGAGGCUGUGCAGCAGGCUCUAUUGAGGAAUGAGAUCGCUGAUAGGAGCGUCUGCGGCCCGAUCGACUUAAAAUUUGUUCUAUACGAAUCCAAGUCAAGAAGUAUAUCUCCGCAAACCCCCCGUCGAGACUCACGGCCAUCAAGAAGUAUAACCCAGAAAGCCUGCCAUCGAGGCCCUGCCAUCGAAGAGCCUGCCAUCAAGAGGCUUCGUCAGGAGCUCGCAAAGGAGGGUGUUAUACCCGCUGACUGCGAGCUCGACGAUGCCAUCGACCGUGCCUCGCGAGAAGAACUCCAGAAUAUUUUGAGAGACCUGUGCACAAAGGAUCCCGAACUCAAUGUCUAUCUCGCCUCCUGCCUACAACCGGUCAACGCCCAAACACCUCCAGCAAGUCCUAGCACAGCAGAUGCAGCCUCAUCCGAAGUCGAGACUUUGAGCCCGAUGACAUUACCUCAAUAUUCUUCUGUGGCCUACACGAGUAGAGACCAUCGGCAUUAUCUCAGUGGGUUACUCACAAGGCAGAAACUCAUGAGACGUACUUGAUACUAACAUGCUGAUUUGAGUGGAAUUUUCAACACUAGUAGAUCGAGAUUUUUAGAUACUGGUCUAGAACGUGAUAAGCAUAAAAGCACAUAGCCAAGUGGCUGCAUGCGCGGUCGUUGAUGUUCAAAGAAAAAGAAAUUCAUUUCAGCAAGCUCGGAGCUAUUGGCAUCGUUAACAUUGCUACUUGACAGGUCACACGUGAUGCUGUGACAGCCAUCUUCUCCACACCCCUGUUACAUUGUCACAUCUGAGAAGGACUUAUCGAUACGCCAUCGACGAUUAGCGCGACGUCUCUUCUCACAAUCUAAGCAACCCCAAUCGGAA